UUCACAGUAGAUCUACAGAGGAGGAUCAUAUUGUGAGUGAUCAGAGAUGCAGUUCUCCGUAGGCCUAUUUCUGAGGUAAAUAAGGAGUGAAAUUAUAAAUUGACAGGCAACAUCAGGAAGCCUUUGAAGCUGGAUUAGCAGAGGUGUUACAUAUCUGUUUUUCUUUUUUUUUUUGUUGGACCAUGAUCCUAGCAGCAGAGUUUUGAAUUAUUUGGAGGCGCUGAAGGAGCAGGGAUUAAACUGCAAUAGUCAAUGAAAGACGUAACAUAAGUGUUGACCAGGACUUCUGCACUGAGGUAGUUUGUGCCAUCAUUGAGUGUCGUCAACAUAGCUGUGAUUGUGAAAUGAAACACAGUCAUGGGGAAGGAUGUUGGAUUCUAAAGAAAUGAUAAGUAGCCUUGAGUAUUGAGAUUAAAGUGACCCUAAAAAUGGUUUAUAAUCAUGCUUCAUGUAGCCAAUAGGAAACAAAAACAUGGGUUUAACAUAUUAAACAUAACAUAACAACCAAUGAGAGAUAUGUAAUAAUAGCAUGUUUUCUUGGUUAACUGAUUAGGACAAUAAUUAACAAAUGAGGACAUACUGUAAGUCUAUGGCAAAAGGUACCUAGAGUAACUGAUACAACUUCAUCCACGUGUACUGGAUUAGAAUCCUGGACAGCACAUUUAAUAUUUGUAAUAGGCUAAUGCUGAGUUGCCAACAUUCAACACUGGCUUGGCACAAAAUAGACAAAGAUUGUGGAGUAAUUCGGGAGGAGGAGAAAGGUACAGGCAUGGUAUGCACUGCAGUCACUAGAAUUUGCUAUUUUUUUUACAUUACGGCAGAGCAGGGAAGAGAAAGCACAGCAGGCCAUAACUCACUGUUCAACAACACAAGUAGGUAUGUCAGUACCAGGCUCUGGGGCCGACCCACUCACAACCAACCAGCCUGCUGUCUGUCGAGGAGCUGAGUUCAGCAUGGAUCAGAUGGACUACUCUCUAAGACCAGGAGUUUUCUGGACACUGCUUCUGAUUUUAUUCAACUCGACACCAUCAAACCAGGAGUGCAUCGCAGGGAAGCCCAUCGUGGACCCCCCCGGUCUGGUGGUGAAGUACGGAGACCCAGCCACAGCAACCUGUCGUACACCUUACGACAUGGAUGUCAUAGGCUGGAAUGCAACAGUGGGAGCUGCAAGUGAAGAGAACACACAGCAGCUGGUCUGGACCGUGCCCAGCGUGACUGACUGGUCACUGGGCAGAGGCAUAACAUGUGUCACCAGUUCAAUGGAACAUGGGCAAUGCCAGACCCAUCUCCCUAUCACCAUUUACAAAAUUCCUGAGCGUGUGACCCUUGUCUUGUUAUACCCCCCUGUGCCACUGAUUGAGGGGAGGGUCUACACCCUCUACUGUAUGGUCCGCAACGUCGCCCCUCUCGCUAACCUCACUGUUAGGUGGUUCGGAGGAGACAAAGCAUGGGCGAACGCGGACAUCGUUUCGGUGGAGGGUGAAGAGGUCGCCAUGGUGAAGUAUCGCCUACUUAUCACAGCUUCCAGUGAGGACCACAGAGCCUCCUACAGUUGUGCUGCCCAACUGGAUCUGAACACAGCUGAGCCCAUUCCUGACACCAGAUCGAAUAGUGUCCUACUGGAAGUAUUGUAUAAACCCAGGGUGGUUAACGCCAGUAUGGAUGUGUCCCUCAAACCAGAGAGUAGGCUGGACCUGAUUUGUGAGGGCGAAGGCAACCCUAGCCCCUCGUAUCUAUGGAAACACAAUAGGGCAGUUUUGGCCAGUGAGAACAAAACAACUCUCUCGAUCGAGUCCGUCAGCUGGACCCACGCUGGAGUUUAUGAGUGCAUCAUCACUAACACUCAAGGAGACGUUACUGUCAGCAUUAAGGUCGAUGUUGAAGUGCCUUCUUUGACAGUCACUGGAGUCUUAGUGUGGAUAGCAGGGAUAGUAGCUGCGCUGGGCGUGGGAGUGGGCGUGGGCGCUGCCAUUGUCGAGUACCGGAGGACCAAGAGGGGCCACUACCAGCUGAGGAAGCACAGGGCCAGAAGCAAAGCUGUAGAGGCAACAGCACUGCAAGAGACAGCAGCUGUGGCUCAUCAUCAGGAGAAAGAGAAAGACUACAGACCCACCUGACUCUGAAUACAAGAGAAAAUCACUGGGUUUUGAUUUUGUCUGUUUUGGGGGUUUUUUUGUCUGUUUGUCUGUUCAUGUUUUAGCACUUUGAGUUGUAUGUUUGAUGAAAUCUUUUCAUUUACAGUGUGACAGGAUGGUACAAGGAUAUGAUGGGAUGGAAAGGAAAUUUAGCAGCAAGAAGGAGGAAGAAGCAAAAGACAGAGAGAGACAGAGAGACAGAGAAAGAAAGAAGACUCACUCCUUCAUGUAUAGCCUGUAUUUAGGCCUACAAAUAAAGAACAAAAUGGUCAUUAGUAUGCUGCAACUGAAAUCCAGCUUCCUAGCCAUGAAAGAAGAGAAAUGCACAUAUUCUGUUUGUUAAUAUGAGUCGUUGUGCUUUCCUUAAUGGCUAUGAGAAUAAAAAAAUAUUUGUUUUUAUUAUUCAUUUCUAACCAACAUU